UUCAAGAAGGAAUAUGACAGAACUGGUUAGAAAAAAAUGCUUAUUAAAGUUAUUAUAACAUAUUAACAAUAAUGCAAUGUGUUUGUUAUAAAAUAUUAUUUAGUUGCCGCCGUCAUUUACAAGUCAAAUGGAACUUUAUUUUAUUUUCCACCAAGAGGUCACGAGUAAGGAGGAACUAAACCACAGUUUACUUUCACUCUCACAGCCUUAGGAAAUAAAAUAUCAGAAGUAGGCUGAACAAACAAACGAAUGAGCAAAUAUGCCCAAACUAACGCUCAUCGGAUUGUACUUUUGGAUUUGUCUGGCGCAAAAGGUGGUUUCCAGAGAUCUUUAUUGUGAAGUGGGAGGGAAGCUCCUGUUGACACCGGACAAGUCCACAGUGCCUGACCCCAUCACAAGCAUCAUAUGGAAGCAUGGGAAGAACAAGGUGGCAGAAUGGGACAAUGAUUUUGGUGGUCUGGACAUCUAUGCUGCCUUCAAAGGCCGCACAACCCUGGACCAGACUACUGGAGAGCUGAGAAUCAGUGGAUUGAUGAAAACAGACAGUGGAGUUUAUUCUGUGGAGUUCAACAGCAAACUGCUUGACAUUACAUAUAAACUGUCUGUUAUCAAGGCAGUUCCCAAACCCAAAAUCACUUCUUCCUGUAACACCAGCCAAACCUCCUGCACUCUGACCUGUGAAGGUGACACCACUGAUGCUGAACCCGUCACCUACAGCUGGAAAGUGGGAGAGGGGGCGUGGGAAGUCGGAGUAGAACAGUUUAAUGUCUUUAAGAGCGACACUGGCCAAUCAAACAACGGUUACAAGUACAUCUGCAAGCUGAAUAAUGCUGUUAGUGGGGAAGUCAGUGAGCCAGUUGGAGAGGUGUUUGGUUCAGAGCCUUCCAGUACCAGUACUAUUGUUGUUGGUGUUGUCAUAUUAGUGCUUAUUAGUGCUUGCAUCAUAACAGGAUUUCUGGUGUGGAAGAAAAAGACAAAAUAUCCCCAAAACACCUGGAUUGACUUUUUGAGAAAGUUUUGUGGUGCAAGGUUUGGGGAUGAUCAGGUCACCAACCGUGGAGCUUCAGGGAUUCUAUCUGGGGUUGCCAUGGAUACAGUUUAUAGCACUGUAGGGGAGGAGUCUUCAAGAGAUGACUCCAGGAAUCAGAAUAAUAACAAUCAGCCCACUAACACAGUUAGAUCCAGUGAUGGAAACAACCAAACCACAGUUAAACUCAGUGAUGGAGUCCAGCCAGAACAAGAGACGGUUAGGCUACUGUCCAAAAAAACAGGGGAUGAUGACACAGACAAAUUGCAGGGGAAUGGAGAUAAACCUAGUAGAUCCAACAGUCCUAACGAUGAGUCAAAGUUUGAUUGCAGUGAUGGAGUCCAGCCAGACCCAGUGGCCGAGUCUAAAACGGAUGGCAGCGCUGCACAAGUGGGCGAGGAUGAGUCUAAAACGGAUGGCAGCGCUGCACAAGUGGGCGAGGAUGAGUCUAAAACGGAUGGCAGCGCUGCACAAGUGGGCGAGGAUGAGUCUAAAACGGAUGGCAGCGCUGCACAAGUGGGCGAGGAUGAGUCUAAAACGGAUGGCAGUGCUGCACAAGUGGGCGAGGAUGAGUCUAAAACGGAUGGCAGCGCUGCACCAGGGGCUGACCUAAACGCAGCUGAAGGAGAGGCAAAAGGAGGGAAAUAUGAUUCCGUAUUGUAGGACGACAGGGAACUGUGGACCAGAGGUACGCAGAGGAUCAUGAAGACAAGAGAACCCACCGUCUCACCUGAGUUACCAGCACUGGACGACAAGACAUUCUAACGUUCAGAGAACAUUUCCAUAGCAAUAGACUGGCUUGUGUUCGGUGAAACUGAGGUCCAUUUUUAACAGUCAUUUGUCCUUUCUAAACAAGUGUGCUUUAUAAAAACAAGGAGUGGGAAAUGUGUGGCAAUAGUUUGACCCCUAGAAGACCUUUUUGAAAUUGAAAGUAUAGAAAUGCACAAGCCCAACAAAGAAAAGAGAUUCAGUUCAACCAAAAAUGUCCUUUAAAUCCAGGAUUCCCAAGAUUCAAUUCAGUUCUUUCCCAAAAAAGGUAAAUCCACAAAAAAAUAUAAAUUAUAUUCCAAUAGUAAGAGCAGGAGAGUCGAUCAACAAUUCACAUUCAAUCAGAUACACUAAUCAUUCCGUGGUGUUGAAUGGAAGUCCUUAAAUCCAGUCAUUUCCCUUUUAUUGGCAAAUAAUCCAGUGGAACAGGUUUAAACUACACCAUUACGGAGCUAUUUUACUUGCAAAGUUUUCAAAAAAGCAUUUUCUCUUUGUUCCUCACACCAUAGCCUAGCCACACACACAUGACCACAUACUUAAAUUGACAGGUAUCAUUUCUGGCCAAUCAACAGAUUAUCCACUUUGUGGCACUUACAUCAUGGCAAGGAAUACAUGCAUGACCAUUAAUUCUGUUUCGUAUCACAUUUAAUGUGGCAACGCUACACGCGUUAGUUGAUUUGAAUCUUGUUUAGUAAGUAAUGUCCAAAGCUGCCCUCUUCUACUCUGCAUAUGUCUGAUCUUCCACCUGUCCUCUCUUCUAUUUAAGAACACAAUUAUUGCUAGCAAGUGUUAUGCACAUGUCAAGAUAUUAAGUAAACAAGCAGAGGAAUUUCCAUGCCCUGAACAUACCGUAGGCCUACUGUAUUUGAACUGAAUUUGCUUGUUUGUAUGCUUAUAUUGACAUGAUCACUUUCCCUUGUUGUACAUGAAUCCUAGUGUAUGUGGUUUGUGUGUUGUUUGUGUGUUGUAUGUAAGAAGUUUUGAUAAAAGCCUUUAUAUAUUUUGCAAAAAACCCUCAGGCCAAAUAUAUUUAAAUAUGAAAAUAACAAGGGGUGCUGCUGAGAA